AUGUCGACGACGCGCGUGCCGUGGUGGGCCGUCGGCGCAGCGGCGCUCGGAUCUUCUUUAUUGACGAUCACCGCACUUCUUGGUUACCAGGAGCGUGUGCGACAGCGCCGGCGCCGCGCUCUCAAAAAGGAAGCAGCGCGUCAUGCGCCUGACGCGCCACUUCCUCAUGUGCCCACGCCACCUCAUGCGCCUGUGCGUAAGGAUAUGUAUGACGAAUCGCUCGUUCGUGAGCAGCUGAGCCGCAACUAUGCGUUCUUGGGCGAAGAGGGCAUGGACGCGAUUCGGAAUAGCUUUGUGAUUGUCGUCGGCGCGGGUGGCGUCGGCAGUUGGGCCGCGCUCAUGCUGCUCCGUUCGGGUGUGGGCCGCCUGCGCUUGAUUGACUUUGACCAGGUGUCUCUUUCGUCGCUGAAUCGCCAUGCAUGCGCGACGCUCGCGGAUGUGGGCCGCCCCAAGGUCGUGUGCUGCCAGCAGUUUUUCGAGCGCAUCGCGCCAUGGGCACACGUUGAAGCCUACGUCGACCUGUUUCGCGACAGUGAGGCUGAUCGGCUGCUAGCAGGUGCGCCCACGUACGUCAUAGACGCGAUUGACAAUCUCGACACCAAGGUGGAUCUGAUCAAGUACUGUGCACGGCACGACAUCAAGGUGUUUUCGUCGAUGGGCGCCGGAGCCAAGGCCGAUCCCAGCUGUAUUCAGAUCAGUGACAUCUCGACGACCGUGGAGGAUCCGCUCGCCCGCGUUGUGCGACGCGAACUGCGUGUCGCUGGCAUUCCACCCAUCCCCCCGCCUGGGAGUGAAGACCCCAAGGCACUCAAAGAGACGCACGAAGCGAUCCUGGCGUCGACCUACACGAUACCGUGUGUAUACUCCACGGAAAAAUCGAACACUCAUCUCCUGCCGCUCCCGGAUGAGGAGUUUGACAAAGGCCCUGUCCAUGAGCUGGCCGCUUUUGAAGACUUUCGUGUACGCAUUCUUCCUGUCCUGGGCCCGAUACCCGCCAUGUUUGGCCUGGCUGCUGCUACCUACAUUCUGUGUGAUGUGGCCAAGCACAAGCUCGAGCCACUGAACAUCAAGGGCCGUCGUAAGCUGUAUGAGAAGCUCUUUGCCGACCUCAACGUCACCGAGUCGCGGUACCCUUCGCCGCCCGUGGACGAAACGACGCACCGCGUCCCAUCGAAUCGCCGGCCAUUGUCGGAGGCCGACGUGCCGCCGACGUACCACGCGACGAACGACAAGGGUCCGCCGCCACGACUGCGGAUCCCCUUCAGCGUGAAUGAUAUUGGCUACAUCUUUGAGGAAAUAUUCCGGGGCCGCUCUGUCGUGCCGCCGUACGAUACACUUGCUACAGGGCAAAUCGUGCGCUGGGAUCCACGGCUCCCGCUGGACUACAACAACGUCGCGCUGUUCACACGGCCACAGGCACGUCGUCACGAGCAGCAUGUGCUCGCACCGCGCGCGGAUCCUGCGGCGUACUGGGGUCCUCUUGUGACGGCCAAGAUGCAGCAGCGGAUGGCCGAGGAGUUGCGCAUGUCGCACUGGCGCUAG